UAAAUGGAUUUUGUGUAUACGUCGUGUCGUGGUGGCGAAUAAGCAAAAAAAAAAAAUUUUUUUUGGAAAAUGAAAUGUGAUCAAUUAAUAGUAUUAAUAUAUUACUGGUGUAAAUGUGGAGAAAGUGAAAAACAAAUGAAGUAUUUAUUAUAGGUUUAGAUCAAAUAAUUGAAUGUUUUUCGGCUAUAUGUGCCCUGGAAAUUCUGAGUAAUUUUGUGACUAUUUGUGAAUGGUAUGUGCAGAGAAUAAUGUCAAUCCAAGAAAUGAGUGCUCGAGCAUACGCCGAUUUUUUGUACCAAAUCAAGUGUCCUAAAAUGACGCAAAUACGAUAGACUUCGUUAUUUGUAUGAAAACAAAUAAACCAAAAGAAAAUAUAAACUAAACUAAUAACUAUUCUAAUACCAAUUCAAUUACAAUAUUGAAUUUCAAUAGUAAACUUAAAAAGUGUACAAAACAUAUGUUAAAUAUGUAUGCAUUCAAAAUAAAAAUGAAAAUUUAAGCCGUAUGGACAGGGUGUUGCAGUAAUAUAAAUUAGAUAUAACACUACGACACAUGUUACACGAGGGCGAUAAAAGUGUCAUUAAAUAAAUGCAUCGCAGCGGCAAAUAACAACUCAACAAAAAAUUACCCAUAAUAUUAAUAUAACAUUUCAAAAUCCUACUGAGCCGGCAAAAGAGCAAACUAUAGAGAAUCAGACGUACGCACAAUGCUAGCAGCUAAUUUACCAGUAUGUCAAUACGCUGGAAUGCCUGCACAAAGCAACAGUAAUAACGGUGGAGCUAAUAACAAUAACAGUAAUAAUAACGGUAAACCAAAUAGCAGUGGAAUCUGUACCUCUGGCGCAAUUGGUCCGAACUCGAAUAUUAAUAAUGCUGGUAAUAGCACUAGCGGUGUAGGAUUAGUUGGUGGUGGAACAUCAGCAGCAGCUGCUAAAAAUCAGUUAGAACAAUUAAAUACAAUGCGUGAAGCGCUUUUUUCUCAGGAUGGUUGGGGUUGUCAGCAUGUUAAUCAGGAUACGAACUGGGAAGUGCCAAGUUCACCUGAGCCAACUAAUAAGGAUCCAUCUGUUGGGCCCACAAUGUGGAAACCCACUAUUAAUAAUGGAACUGAUUUAUGGGAGUUGAAUUUACGCAACGGUGGGCAACCACCAAUUCAACCUGUUCAAAAAACUCCGUGGGGUCAUACACCUUCCUCUAAUCUAGGUGGAACAUGGGGAGAAGAUGAUGAUGGUACGGAAAGUAGCAGUGUAUGGACUGGUUCAGCGAAUAAUCCUUCAAAUGCAGGCACUGUAGGUGUUACUGGAAUAAAUGCGACAGCUGUAGGUGCAAAUGGACCUGGGAACAAUCCCCAAUGGGGUCAACCUGCUAUUGGCAUUGUCGUUGGAUCAACUAACAACACCACCGGAACGGUUUCUGCCAACAUUGGCAAUACAUCUACCGUAGGUAGUGGUGGCACUGGUGUUCCUGGUGUAAAUGUGCCCGGAAAUGUGAACACAGCGCAGGCUAGUGGUUCUACUGGAAGUAAUUGGGGAGACUCUCGUGACGUGAAUAGUGGUGGAGUAGCAAGUACUAUACCUAUGCGAGGCGUUGAUCCCCGCGAUCCAAUGCGUGGUACGUCAGCAGCCGAAACUCGUGAUUUGCGACUGAUAGAUCCACGGGAUCCUAUACGUGGAGAUCCUCGGGGAAUUUCAGGACGUUUAAACGGCACGUCAGAAAUGUGGGGUCAACAUCAUUCCAUUGCACACAACCAAAUACCAGCAAUGAAUAAAAUAGUGGGGCCCGGUGUAGGCGCAUCCGUAUCUACCGGCGCUGUUGUUGCCGGUGGAAGUGUAGCUGGUGGCAUCGGACCUGGUAACAUUAAUGCCAUAAACCCUGUUGGUAUAAGCGGCAACGUGAACGCUCACUGGGGACCUUCUUCGGCGGUGGUUGGACCAAAAGAUAUAACAUCAAUGACAGGUAAAGUUACUGGGUGGGAAGAACCGUCGCCACCACCGCAACGCCGCAAUAUUCCAAACUAUGACGACGGGACAUCAUUGUGGGGACAACAGUCACGUAUACCUGGUGGGAGUGGUUCUCAUUGGAAGGAUAUAUCAGAUCCACUGAAUAGGCAUUUAACACGAAACACUGUAGGCAAUCAGAACACGACGAAUGCAGGCGGUAGCCUGGGUAAUAGCUCUGGCAAUGGAUUGGGAAAUAAUCCAAUCGUAAUAAAUGCGUCAGUCGUUGGCGGUAGUGCCAACAACCCUAUAAGCAGUGUAGGUCCGCAAGGACGACUUAGUUCAGGUGUUGGUCCUGGUGUUGGUGUUAAUCAGCAUAAACCUGAUAAUUCUAUGUGGGUCCAUGCCACUAACUUAAAUGUAAGCUCACGUAACACCACUUCUUGGGGUGAUGAAGUCAAUCAUAAUGUGGGCCCAAAUUCAGGCGUUAAUUGGAUGGAUGAUAAAACUACUACUGGUAUUGGACAGCUAGGCGUUAGUGUUGGUGGAACUAAUUCUUGGAACGAUCCACCACCGUCUUGGAGUAAGAACCAAAAUAAAAUAUCAGGUGGUACUUCUGGUUGGGGUGCAAGUGGAGGUAGCGAUGGUACAGACUUGCCAUCUGUCUGGAAUACUCAUGCUGCCAUUGUUGGCAAAACUCUGCAAAAAAUAGGUGGUGUUAAUGUUAGUAACUUGAACAGAGAUGUGAUAAAACAGAGUAACCAGUAUCGUCUUCUUGUGGGAAAUGGCUUUAAAAAGGAAGAUGUAGAACGAGCCUUAAUUAAUACCAAUAUGAACAUCGAGGAGGCUGCUGAUUUACUUCGUGCUCCUAUAUCUACAGAUUGGAGACGACACGAAGAAUCCCUGGGUUCUUAUAGUGAUCACACAAACACUGGGGGCACUUUUGCGGGACGCUAUCCCACAUCGGCCUCUCAGUCUAAUAUGCCUUUCCCUCCGAAUAUGUUGAACAGUAUGAGCAGCAACGGUGCUGGUGUUAGUGGUAAUAACACAAAUAUAGCAGCGCUCAAUUCCAUACAAUCACUUCCAGUGCAAAAGUAUUUGAAUCCAGUACCACAUAACGUUACUAAUGUUCCACAAGCUAUGAAUACUGCUGUUACUUUUGGUCCAGGGGUCGCUAAUGUCUCAACGACUGUAAAUUCAACUUCAAGUAGUAACAAUCAACCAUCUGCUCAACAGCUGCGUGUACUUGUGCAGCAAAUUCAACUAGCUGUUCACAGUGGAUACUUAUCUAGCCAAAUCUUAUCAGAACCUUUACCAUCCUCAAUGCUGGUACUUUUAUAUCAAUUAUUGACAAAUAUUAAGCAUCUUCAAGCGGCGCAGCAGUCUUUAACACGGGGUGGCAAUAACCCCAAUAACUCCCAAAUAAGUUAUGCUAUUGCCAAAUAUAAGCAGCAAAUCCAAAAUUUACAAAAUCAAAUAAACGCACAUCAAGCGUUCAUAUUGAAACAAAAGCAGCAGCAGUCCAUACCACAAAAUACGCAACAACACGCUGCAGCACAUGCCAAUAAUUCUAACAUGGAAUAUAUGAGGCAGCAUGAUGCCAUAAGUGUGUUACAGGGAAAUUUUUCGGAAAUGAACAUAACUAAGCAUAGCGGCUAUCCGGGAGGUCCAAACUCACAGUCAAAACUUAUUAAUCAGUGGAAGCUUCCUGAGAAAGAUCUAACAUCAGAUAGCACAGAUUUUUCAAGAGCUCCAGGAACAACAAAACAAAAUUUAUCAGGUGCACCUGGCAGCGCUAUGGGACCGUUGGGUAUGCAAAACGAUGGAACUUGGUCGACUGGACGAAAUAUUGGAGAUGGAUGGCCAGAUUCAUCCACUGAAAAUGAGAAUAAAGACUGGUCUGUUGCUCAGCCUACACCUGCUGCCACGUAUACUGAUUUAGUUCAAGAGUUUGAACCAGGAAAACCAUGGAAGGGCUCACAGAUAAAAAGUAUAGAGGACGAUCCUAGUAUAACUCCCGGUAGCGUAGCUAGAUCUCCGCUGUCUAUUAACUCGACGCCAAAAGAAGCUGACAUAUUUGCGAAUCCUGGCAAAAGUUCACCGACUGAUUUAACACCGCUAAGUUUAUCGUCGUCUACAUGGAGCUUUAAUCCAUCGUCCAACAAUCAAGCUUUUCAAAGUUGGUCUGAUAGUCCGCCACAAUGUACACCGUCGGAGUUGUGGGCAACAUCAAUGAACAAAUCAUCACGUGGUCCACCUCCGGGCUUGGGCUCUGGCAAGAGCGCAGGGGUAUCAGGAACUGGUGUACCAUCUGUUACAAACUCCUCCUCCGUGGUAACAGGCGGUGCCAACGGAUGGAUAGUGACCGGAGGUCGCGGAGUACCAAACAGCAAUUCAGGAUGGAACUCGUCCAAUGCAGGAUGGAACUCAACAUGGUUACUACUAAAAAAUUUGACAACCCAGAUUGAUGGUUCCACUUUACGUACCUUAUGUAUGCAGCAUGGCCCACUUGCUAAUUUUCAUUUAUUUUUAAAUCAAGGAAUUGCCUUAUGUAAAUAUGCAACACGGGAGGAAGCAAACAAAGCUCAAAUGUCAUUAAAUAACUGUGAUUUUGGUAGCACUACAAUUUGUGCCGAGUCACCGAGUGAAAGCGAAGUUCAAAAGAUAUUGCAGCAUUUGCCUCAAACGCCUAAUUCUGUCUCUGCAGCAAGUGUAACAGGAAACGGUAGUAAUGGGACCAACAAUUCAAACAAUGGCGGAACUGUUAUCGGAGGAAACAACUCCAUAUCUUCUGGUACUGGAAAUAAUGCAGGGCCCUGCAGUACUGUCGGCGGUUCAAGUGGUGGUAAUGGUAACGGCAGUAUGACGUCACAUUCUGUCAUUAGCGGUACUGGCAGUAAUAAUGGCUGCGGCGGCAAUGUAAUGAAUAGCGGUAGCACUGCGAGCAACAGCAACAAUGCAAACAGUCAGAGCCAGUCUGGUUCUGUUGGUCUAAGCUCGAGCGCAGGCAAAACUAGUAACACUACUAAUAUUGCAAGCGGAAAUGGGAGUUCAAAUGUUACAUCGAAUAAUAUCGUCGGUGGUAACAACGCCGUAACUGCAUCCACUUGGCGUCAACCACAAAAUCAGCCGAGACCGUCUGGUAGAGACGAAUAUGACUAUAUUUCACAGUAUGUUUGUUCCAUUGUAGAUGAUUAAAUUGAGGAAAUACUUUCGGAAUCUGUAUUUAAUAUUAAUCAUAAUAUAAUUUAUACAAUUGAACUACUCGACAUAAACAAGCAACAACAGAUUUGCGAGCUACAUAGAUUGACUGAUAGAUGAAUGGACUUAGAAUUUUAUAUGUAAUUUUUUUUGGUUCAUAAGAUUGUGUUUUCAAUCAAAUCAAACGAACAUUACUUGAAAUGUAUAAUUAAUUAUGGUUAAACGCCAAACUUAUGCUACAAAUCAUUUAUUUUAAAAAUUAAUAUGCCUAAAUGUGAAGUGUAGAAUUAAUUUAACACUUAAUUUGCCGAAAUGAAUAAGACAACAUGUUUGUUAUUGAGCCUAUAAAAUCAAGACAAAUUCAGAAUAAAAAACAAUGAGAAGUACACAAGUAUAAAA